AUGGAUAUGCCCCGAGCAGUAAAGGCGCAGUGUCCCUGGCGCCCAUGCCUCGUCGGCCUGCUGCUGCAGCUCCUCUUUGCUCUGGGUUUCUUCUCCUACACCCGAGUGUCCUAUGACCGACCUGGUCGCUCCCCGGGACCAGCCUACACCCCGACUCCUCCUGCCCCCAGACCCCUCCUCAUCUUACUGUGGACAUGGCCCUGCUACACACCAGUGGCUCUGUCGCCCUGUUCCAAGAUUCUCCCAGGCACCGUCAACUCAGCUGACGAGGUCAUCAUCCACCACCGCGAAGUCAGCGCCAACCCCGGGUCACAGCUGCCACCUCAGCCGAGACCACCAGGCCAGCGCUGGGUGUGGUUCAGCAUGGAGUCGCCCAGCCAGUGCAGCCAUCUGUCAGCCCUGGAUGGUUACUUCAACCUCACCAUGUCCUAUCACAGUGACUCUGACAUCUUCACGCCCUAUGGCUGGCUGGAGCCGUGGCCAGAGCCUCCAGGCCAAAUCCAGGUCAACCUGUCUGCCAAGACUGACCUAGUGGCCUGGGCUGUGUCCAACUGGAACUCCAAGUCGGCCCGGGUGCAGUACUAUGAGAACCUUAAGAGUCACCUCCGUGUCGAUGUGUAUGGUCAAGGACAUAAACCGCUUCCCCAAGACAACGUGACAGAGACACUGGCCAGAUACAAAUUUUACCUGGCGUUUGAAAACUCCCUCCAUCCAGAUUACAUCACAGAGAAGCUGUGGAGGAAUGCUCUGGAAGCCUGGGCCGUGCCUGUGGUCCUGGGGCCCAGCAGGAAGAACUAUGAACGGUUUCUGCCCCCUGACGCCUUCAUCCAUGUGGAUGACUUCAAGAGCCGGGACCUGGCUCGGUACCUGCAGGAGCUGGACAGGGAUAGCCUGAGCUACCAGCGUUACUUUUGCUGGAGGAAGAUGCUCAGGCCUCGCUUGGGGAGCAUGGCCCUGGCCUUCUGCAAGGCAUGCAGGCAGCUGCAAUGGGACCAGAAGUACCAGACGGUCCCCAGUGUGGCCUCUUGGUUCCACUGA